AUGGCUGUUUCUCGCUUUCGUCACACGCACGCCGUCCCCGCGCGGCACGACAAACACUUCAUGAACGUCUGCCCCACCGGCGCAAUAUGGGACUGCAGUAACAUGAUUGCCUGCAACGACCGCUUUCUGGCGGUGCCGUGGGCGCAGCUUGGCAGCACGGCGGUGCUGCGGCACAGCGACUACGGCAAGCUGGCGGACAGCCCGCCGAUACUCUCGGGACAGGAGGGCCCCAUCAUCGACGUCGCCUUCAACCCGUUUGACGCCACAAAGCUUUUCACGGCCAGCGAGGACGGCAGCAUCAUGGGGUGGGACAUUCCCGAGGAGGGGCUCACGCGGAGCAGCAGCGACCACCUGGUGCACCUGCGGGGGCACGCCAAGAAGGUCGGGAUCCUGAGAUUCCACCCCGCCGCCCGCAACGUGCUGGCCUCCGCCGGGGCCGACAUGGCGGUCAACGUCUGGGACGUCGAGAGCGGCAAGGCGGGGGAGGUGCUCAGGUGCCACACGGACCACAUCAUGUCGCUUGACUGGAACCUGGACGGCUCCCUGCUCUGCUCCACCUCAAAGGACAAAAAGGUGAAUAUCAUGGACCCUAGGCAAGGCAACAUCGUUGCCUCCGGCCCCGCCCACCAGGGCGGCAAGCCCCAACGCUGUCUCUGGGCGAAGCGGAAAGACCUCAUCCUGACCGUUGGAUUCAACCCGGUACAGUCCCGGCAGGUGAUGGUGUGGGACGCCCGCAACAUGGUGUCACCCGUGCACACGGAGGACCUGGACCGGGUCAGCUGCGUCAUGCUUCCCUUUUUUGACGAGGACACAAACCUUCUCUACGUUGGCAGCCGAGGGGACGGCAGUAUUCGCUUCCUCGAGCUGAUGAACGGCCGACUCGUGUCAUGCGCCGCGUACGACUCGGUGGAGACACAUAAGGGGCUCUGCAUGUUCCCCAAGUGGUCCCUGGACCCGCGGCAGUGCGAGAUUGCCCGCUUCUGCGCGCUCACCUCCAGGUCUGUCUACUCCGUGCACAUGCUUCUCCCGCGCAGGCUGGCGGAGAGCGAGCUGCAGACCGACGUGUACCCACCCACCUUCGCAGACACGCCCGCAAUCACAGCGGCGGCGUACUUCAGCGGCGAAAACAGUGAGCCACUCGUCACAGACAUGCAGGCUGUGUUUGAUGGAAAGAGGCGUGAGGCGAAGCGGGCGGCGAAGCCAACGCCGUCGGGUGGCACCCACCUUCAGGCCGCGCCGGCGCGAACGCAUCCGUUGAGUGCUGCCCCAGCCAAGCACGCAGACCCCGUGGCGAUGGGGCUGGAGCCCGUGCCACCCAAGGAGGAUGGGAAGGCCGUGGAGGAGCGAUGCACCCGGUUAGUCGCGCUUGCGCUGGAGCUGCAACAGCAGGAGGCGGAGCUGAAGCGGUGCGAGGAGGCGGCCGAAGCGAAGCGGCGGGAAGUCAUGGAGACAGUCGCCAAGAUUCAUGCCAUCGCCAUGGGGGGAUCCCCGUAG